CGGAGCCGAAGCUAAUCUAUCGAUCGAAGAAUCGCAAAGAAACGAUUAAUUCAGCGUCGAGAGAGAGAGAAGCUGAAGAAGCGAUUGGUUAAUUUCAGCGUCGGGAUCUCACACGAUGGGAGGAACCGGCCCUUGCUGUUCAACUCUUCCUUCUAGAAGCAACCUAAGGGCGUCAUGGAUUAAUAUAAAGACUGGUCCUCAUAGAAGAACUUAUCCGCGGAAACAAGUUCUGAGAAGUGUUGGAAUCAAAGCUGAAAUAAAUUUUGUCAAUGUUGAAGAAGCCAAAAAACUAAUUGCAGUUGAUGGAUAUGCAAUCGUCGAUGUUCGGGACAAAUCGCAGUUCGAUCGAGCUCACAUUAAAUCGUGUUACCAUGUCCCUCUUUUCAUUGAAAACCAAGACAAUGACCUCGGUACUAUUGUGAAGAGGACAGUGCACAACAAUUUCUCUGGUCUCUUCUUUGGGUUGCCAUUUACCAAACCCAACCCUGAGUUUGUGCAGUCUGUUAAAGCACAGUUUUCACCUCAAAGCAAGCUAUUGCUUGUUUGUCAGGAAGGAUUAAGGUCCACUGCAGCUGCCGACAGGUUAGAGAAAGCUGGUUUUGAAAACAUAGCAUGUAUAACAUCAGGACUCCAAUCUGUAAAACCAGGCACAUUUGACUCGGUUGGUUCGACCGAGUUGCAAGAUGCUGGCAAAGCCGGUUUGGUGACGAUCCAAGGCAAAAUAUCAGCUGUACUAGGAACUGUUCUUAUAUAAAUUCUGAGCGUGUUCUUCGAUUCCAUUCGGCUCCGAUGAGUGCACGCCUGAGUUCGAAGUUGUGUUAACUUUGAGGAACAAUCGAUGAGAAAAUCCCUAUUUUUUACGAUUCGAAUUCUCCUUAUCUAAGGAAUUCAAAAGGAGAACAGAUAUCCUCAUGGUCUUAGGAUUUCCCAUAGAUUAAUAUAUCUUAUAUUCGAAAGGAGAAAUAUCCUAAUGGCCUUAGGAUUUUACCCUAUAAAUAGAAGCUAAAUACUCAUAAUGAAGGUAUGUUACAAGUCCUUACUAUUUGCUAUGCCAAAAUACUAUACUCUCCCUACUAGACUACAUCGACUCUGACUUAAGCAUCGGAGCCUGUGUGGUAAGAGCCACACCGGUCUUUAGUGCUCUUUUGUUUUGUAGGUCUUGUCGAUCCUUGGUGCAAAUUUGGCGAAAUCCCAGGAGGCCAAAUUUAUCAACAGAUAUAGCAUUGUGGUCGUGCCGAAAUUGCUUUCAACGCAGUGGUUUCGUCCACGACACAAUAAUUUUUUUUUAUAUCUAAAAUUCUCCUCUUUUCAUCAAAAUUCUUCUUUCUAUCUAUUCCGACAAUUUGAAAGCAAAUUUAGGAGCAAUUUGAUGAAAAGAAAUCUUAGCGAUUUUAUAAAAAAAUUCUGGAUUUGCUGCUGUGGCUGUUGGAAUCAGACGUUGUCGUUAUGGGUCCUGAGUUUGGAGAAGUCGCCAACAGUCAGAUUUGUUCGUCAAAGCUUCAGAUCGAAAAAUCCAGUACCGAAGUUUAUAUUAUAUAUAUAUACACAGACACACACUGGAGCAGUCCAAAUUUGGUUCGAGUUUGUUAUGUGUACACGAAUAUGUUCAUCGAGGUCGGGUCACAUCUCGGUUCAGAUAUACUCGUGCCUCUUCGUGUUUACAUCUUAAUAAAUUACUUGGAUCUGUUUGAAAAGCCGAAUCUAAGUUCGAGACAUCGGACGAACACACCACAUCAUCGUCGGAUUCAUGGUGCCUCAGAUCUGGGUCGUCUUCUUAUGCAGUUCGAGUCACCGGUUGCAGAUCUGGAACCUUGUCAUCGAAUUCGGGGUGCCUCAAAUAUAGGCAGUCUUCUUUGCAGUUCGAGUCAUCGGUUGUAGAUCUGGAACCUCGUUGCUGGUCGUGCUCAUGGAUAUUCCCGACGUCGAUGAUGAUAUUCCGCCAGAUGAGAAGAAGAUUGGGAAGAAGAUGGAUCUUAUUUUCUUUUCUUUUCCUUUGAGAAAAAGAAAAAGAAACACUACAACAAUUGUCAACCUUCAAUGUCAGUUAGUCAUUUAUAAACAAUGUCAGUUGACCAAAUGAUGUCGGUUUUAUGGUGAGGCGUCUUAUUUUCCGAUAACCGACAUUAAAAAGUUUCAAUUAAUGUCGGUUGGAAAACGUCAUGGUAAUAAAAGAAAAAUAGGUGCGCACGAUUCGUUUAAAAAA